AGUAAAGGAGGGGGAGAACCAUCAAUAUCAAGAGCGAGUGAUAGGGAGAGAUCUGGGACGACGACAACACCUCCACAGACUACUGAGCAGCAGCAGUGUAACGUCCCCUCACCGUCGCCCAGUGGUUCCAUCCACCUGAAGAUUUCUGAGACAAUUCUCAUUACCAGCGGUGGCAGCGCAGCACUUGGAAAGGGUGAAUCAAUCUGAGAGAGAGAAAGAGAGAGAAAGAGAGAGAGAGAGAGAGAGAGAGAGAGAGGAGAAACAGUGAGGGAGACAGAGGAGAGAGAGAGAGAGGAAGGAGAGGAGAGGAAGACAGCGUCGGCGGCUGCUCUGCAGUGGAAUACGUUGUUAUUUGAGGGAAGGUGAGAGCUCUCGGACUACCCGACCAGCGCGUGUUGAAGAUAUGUUUCAGGACUUGAUCGCAACAUCAUAAAAUAAAGGGGCAGCAAGGGGCGGCGGCGCUGAUGUCACGGUGAGAUGGUGGCUCCAGAAGAGGGCGAUGAGACCUGCCAGCAGUGGUCCCUGGAGGCCGCUAAGAGCCACAGAGGAGGGUUUACUGAACUGACGCCCCGCUUUGGGAGCUGCAGAGCAGGGCCGCGGACGCCCCAAGCCCCCGCCAACGUGACGGAGACACGCAAGAUGUAACUCCUGGGUUCUUCUCACUUCACAAAAAGCCUCACUCAAAUCCCCAGACAACACAAGAAAAAAAGGGAAUAACAUCUGUUUAUCUGCAUAUUUCUAUGUUCAAAAAAUAAGAGGAAAAAACACAGAGAUCGACAGAGGACAAAAAACAUCUCAGAGGAUGCAGAAUUAGAAAGAACAAAUUGCCACUGGAGGACCAAAGGGAAAAUAAACCUUUUCUCGCAAAUCCACCAGCGUGGAGUCACCUCACCUGUACCUUCGGAUUAAAGAGCAGGGUCAUGUCCCAGUUGCCAUGCGCAUCGCCACGCUGACCUGCCUUUCCGGCCCUUCCCCCUUCCUCUUUCUAUUGGCCCAGCUGCUACUGCGGCUCCUCCUCCCUGGGCCGGAGUUGGUGGGAGCCGCCUCCUCCUGCCCCUCCCUUUGCACCUGCUCCAACCAGGCCAGCCGAGUCAUCUGCACCAGGCAAAACCUGGAGGAGGUGCCUGAAAGCAUAUCAGUCAACACACGAUACCUCAACCUGCAGGAGAACUCCAUACAGGUUAUCAAGUCAGACACAUUCAAGCACUUGAGGCACCUUGAGAUCCUCCAGCUCUCGAAGAAUCAGAUCCGUCAGAUUGAAGUCGGAGCAUUCAAUGGCCUCCCCAACCUCAACACACUGGAGCUCUUCGACAACCGCCUCACACUGGUGCCAUCACAUGCCUUUGAGUACCUCAGCAAGCUACGAGAGCUGUGGCUGCGCAACAACCCCAUUGAGACUCUGCCAGGCUAUGCCUUCCACCGUGUGCCCUCGCUACGUCGCCUGGACCUGGGUGAGCUCAAGAAGUUGGAUUUCAUCUCUGACGCAGCCUUUGUGGGCCUCAUCAAUCUACGAUACCUGAACUUGGGCAUGUGUGGGCUGAAGGACAUUCCCAAACUGACGGCCCUCGUGCGUUUGGAGGAGCUGGAGCUGUCAGGAAACCGGCUGGAGAUCAUCCGACCUGGUUCCUUCCAGGGCCUGGUGUCUCUCCGCAAGCUGUGGCUCAUGCACUCACAGGUGUCCGUCAUUGAGCGCAAUGCCUUUGAUGACCUGAAAAACCUGGAAGAGCUCAACCUGUCCCAUAACUCCCUGCACUCCUUGCCCCAUGACCUCUUCACGCCCCUUCACCAGCUGGAGAGGGUACACCUUAACCACAACCCUUGGAUCUGCAACUGUGAUGUGCUUUGGCUUAGUUGGUGGUUGAAAGAGACGGUGCCCAGCAACACCACCUGCUGUGCCCGCUGCCAUGCUCCCCCAUUCUUAAAGGGCAAGUACAUUGGAGAGCUUGACCAGAGCCACUUCACCUGCUAUGCGCCUGUCAUUGUGGAGCCACCUACAGACCUCAAUGUCACUGAGGGUAUGGCUGCUGAGCUCAAGUGUCGCACAAGCACCUCCACAACAUCUGUCAACUGGAUCACCCCUAAUGGCACUUUAAUGACCCAUGGCUCUUACAGGGUGCGGAUAUCCGUCCUACAUGAUGGCACGCUCAACUUCACUAAUGUCACUCUGCGUGACACAGGCCAGUACACCUGCAUGGUCACCAAUGCUGCUGGCAAUACCACAGCAACUGCUGUCCUCAAUGUCACUGCUGCUGAUGCCAGUGUCAACUACACCUACUUUACAACAGUCACUGUGGAAACAGUGGAGACCCCAGGAGAUGAAGAGUCUGCAUUGGUAGCCAUCAAUGAGACCUUCAUCCGUGUUCACUCUGGCCCCACUCCCUCAGGACACCUGUGGCCAGAAGGUGUUCCUACCACAGCCUCCUCUCUGUCAGCCGGCUGGUCCUCCUCCUCUCCUCGGGCCACCCGACCCACCUUCACUGUGCCCAUCACUGAGCCAGGCUUCUCAGGCCUGGAUGACGUAAUGAAGACCACCAAGAUCAUCAUUGGCUGCUUCGUAGCCAUUACCUUCAUGGCAGCUGUGAUGCUGGUGGUCUUCUACAAGCUGAGGAAGCAGCAUCAGCUGCAUAAACACCACGGCCCUGCUCGUGCCAUCGAGAUCAUCAAUGUGGAGGAUGAGCUGGGGGCCGGGGCCAGUGGUCGGGGCAGCGGCAUCUCAGGAGGCUCCACCAUGACGCAGAGUGGAAGCAGUGGAAUAGGAGGGGGCCAGAGCCUCAGGCUGCACCACCCAGAGAUAGUCAACCUGCCGAAUCUGGCCCGAUCAGAGCACCUCAACCACUACUACAAAACCCAUCACUUCAACAACAACAUGAUGGGCCUGGGCAUGGGCACAGGUUCUGGUAUGGGCCUCAACAACAACAACAACCCCUCACCUUGCUCUCAGUCUCAAAACACAUCCAUGUCCUGUUCCCAGGUUCCAACCGCCACCAGCGGAGGAACACCCACAGGUGGCACCCUGCCCUCCCCUGUGCCCCUGCCCCAGUUGGGCCUCCACAGUUCUCUGAAAGGCCUUAUGGGGAAAAGCCAGAAUGAGCCCCUGCUUUUUAAGAGUGGCUCCAAGGAAAAUGUGCAAGAGACUCAAAUUUGAAUAAAAGUGAGAGUGGAAGUAAGAGGUAAGAAAGAAGAGAUGCUGGAUAGAGACAGUGAGACAGAAAGAGCCUGUGAGACCAAGUAUAUGAGAGUGAUUGUAGCCUACUGUCCUCAUGGACAGAUUCCAGAAAAGAUUAUAUUUCACAUAGUCACUGCUUUGUGUUGUCAAUCUGUUGACAGAGAGAAGCAGAUAGGAAGACUGAAGGAGACAGAGUAGGAUAUCUGAUUAGCUCUAGUCCCACCAAUAGCAUCUGCACAUACAUUUCAACUAAAUCAGACACCAACAUAUAAGAUGUAAACCACAAACAUCAGAAUCAUUCAGUUACCUGUGCAGCCUGCUAUAGUCUUUGCCAAAGUCCAAGAUCAAGCCAACUCUUUUCAUUUGCAUCCACAAUCACAGUGGAAAGCUAUGACUAUACACAUGUGAACCUCUCUAGGCUUUAUACAGAUUGCUUCGUAUAUUUCCAGACACAUUCAGUGUAUAUAUUUGGAGGGAGACAUAAUAUUGGCCAUUGAACAUGUUGUCAGAUUAGUGUUUGGCAGAGACACUGAAAAGCAAACAAUGGUUUGGGUGAGCAGUACGGUCCCAGGUUUCCAGGAAGCACUAAAACAAAACAGAGAAAGCAAAAUUAGAGCAGUGCAGCAAUUCUGUCCAGGACACCAGUAUCAGACUAGUACUUUGCAGGGAGACAGUACAACAAUUGUUUUUUCAGAGUGGUUUCACUCUCACUUUCUCAUUUUUUUCCCUUUUACACCUUACUGGCUACUGUCUUCUUUGAAGGAGGAUAGAAACAGAGUGGUUUAUCAUGGGAGAAAAAAAUCCCAUGCCAUAAAGGACAAUGAGAGAUAUAAAAAGGACCGAAAGUACAUAUUAUAUAUACCGUAAAUAUAUUUUCAUUCAAAGAAAUAAAUUAUAAAGAAUCUUUAUCAAGCUUCUGACUGAAAACUACAACAUCUGAAGAAUAUAUAAAAAAAUUAAAAAAUACACUCAGCUGUUGUAGUGGUGGCACUCCCUUACAACUUUUCCAAACUUGGAACAAGAUGGCUGCUCCGAUUGUGCUGCUUAAGGACACAUGUGGGAGAGUGGCAUCCAUUGAGAGGGAGCUAAAACAAAAACCUGGCAACGUGCUUGAGUAAAUUUAUUUUGGUCUUGACUUUUUUGUAGCCACACAAAGUGUUUUCCCUCUCCUGUCGCAUUCACAUAAACAGGGUCAUUGGAGAAGGGAGAUCUUUGCGCUCUACUACGAAAAUAUAAAAUGCGACUACAGCACUUCAUCAUUUGGUAUACAGUACAGCUAUAGUAUUAAUAAUAAUGAUCAUAAUGGUAAUAAUGAUAAAAAGCUUUAGCUUUAUUUGUCAUAAUGAUCAUUAAAUGAUCAGCAAUAUGUUACAGUAUUUUACUGUACAUGUUAAAAAGUUGCACAUGCUAGUUUAGCAUGCUCUCUAAAAACAAAUUCUAGAUUUGCUCAACAUUCGGUUUCAACAUAUCAAUGUUAGAUUUAUCACAAUGAUGAUAUGACAUAUUAUUGUUAUUAUGUUAUCAUUAUUAUCAUUCAUAUGACCAUUGUUAUUACUACUUGUGCCUACAAAAAGCUGAGAAGUACUUUUUUUCAUUUGUAUAUGACACUGAAGUUGUUUUAUGACUGAUCCUGUUGGACUUCGGCUAAUGAACGUCAGUGGGACGGACUCAGCGUGCCACAAUGUGAACUCACACAUGCAUCAGCAGGAAAUAACCUGGCCCUCAAAAUGGCUUCCUCAGUCCAGCCCUCACUGACUUGUCUGCUCUGAUGUCUGAAGCAGUCAGGACCCCUCAUGUUGUCACGCAUUAAAGACAGGACAUGAACCUUUGAUGAAGACUGCUCCUUUGCAGGGGAUUAUUUCACAACUGUAUCUCAGUGUUAUCGUGUAUGGGUGGAUUUCAUGGCAGCAGGGAGCUAAAUGGACGACAGGCAUUGCCAAGCAUUUUUAAAGGUAAGCGAAGCUCGUUCAGUGAAGGAGAAGGUGACAUACAGUACAGUAUACAGUGGUGGGUGAAUUUUUUUCUAAUGAAAAAGGACGAUUAAAUGAAAAAAUAUAGAACCUUAUAGAUCUCUUUUAAAAAACAAAAUUAUUAUAAGUGUUUUUCAUUUUGGGUUUUUAUCUAGUUUGAUUAUUUUCAGUUUUUUUAAAUCAAGUGUUAUCUUUAUUGUAAUAUUGUUAUUGUUAUUAUAAUUAGCUAAUUACACUGGUUAUAAUUAUGAGAGAUGUUCUGUUAGCAGAGGUCACUUUGAAAAUUAAAAAAACCUGGCACAUAAAAUGGCAGUUGAAGUCUGUGAAAUUUGGUGGCUUUUUUUUCUUUUUGUUAUAAUCAACUUUAAUUGUAGUAUCACUGUUUGUAUCCCUUUGGCUCUGCUUGAGAUGAGACAUAGCGAAUGUGAAAUGGUCAGCACUGGGUCCUUUUUUUCUGCACAGGGGGACAGGAAAGGCCCUGCUCUGGUUUACAAGCUCACUCACACUCGCUCUGUACUUUCCUGAAUGUCAUUGCCAUCACAGUGUUCAGAGUGCGACUGCACUAUGUCAACACCUCGUUGCCAUGACUACACACUCAGACAAAUGCGCCAAACGGCGUCACCAUCGACGCCUCGUAAGGCACCCCGUGGCCCCUUGUCAGUCACGUUCCUUUUAGGUGCCAUAUCUCAACGAGCCAGCCAGUGUUCAGUGGUAGCAAAUCAACCUGAGCAUUGUACCCAUGUCCUCGCAUAAAAUGCCCCCUCCUCCUCCCCUCCAGCCCCCCCAACCCUCAGCAUCCUGCCAUCAGGUUUCCCUGGCAACUGUUGCUGCUGCGACAGCCCUUAUCACAGCGUCUUGAUUUGGGUUGCGAAUGCUAAACAGACAGGAGCAAACAGUAUAGAAUCUCAGCCAUGUGUGCAUGUACAUCCAUCUUAAAGAUUCAUCCUCAUUUCCCUGUUAAUGUAUUUGAUUUGUUUAUACCAGCAACUAUACUUCUUACACUACUGACUUUCUGUCAGUGAAUCAUGCGAUUUACAUGCCACUAUCCCCUAUGCAUUUAAUUUGCAUUGGCCCCACACCAUUGCUAAAUGUAUUUAUGCACCCUACACUUGUGAUUAACUCUCAUACCCUGCAUCAAUCAUUAACAUAUUCCUUUCCCAGCACAAGGGAUCCAUAUUCCCCUCACAAGUUAUUUACAUAUUCAUCUGCCUCUGUGUGUGCAAAUAACAGAGAAAUGAUCAUGUGGGCAUGCUUGUGGGUAUGAGUGCGGUGUGUGUGUGUCAGUUUUAUGUACAUCAGUGGCUGAAAGCAAGGACUGUUACAAAAGCUAUUUACCCCUAAUUCCUCAGAUACUGUGUGCCCUGCCUAUCGCCUGUAGUAGCUCAUCACUUUGGAAAGCAUUGUGUAGCCCCUAUAGCUCCUGUGAAGUGGCACAAACCAGAGGCCAUGUUAUUGAGGCUCUGUGUUAGAGAGAGCAGCGGUUGAGCUGGAGACACAAAGUCACAGUGCUGCAGUGUCUGAGUCACAGAGCACUGAACACACUCCCAACACUCUAAUGGAAAUGCUGUGUUUACUGUGCAGGAAGGGACCCGCUCGUUCACCCAUUCAGGGAAUAGGUGAAAAACACCAGAAUAUGGGUGUGUGUGUGUGUGUGUGUGUGUGUGUGUGUAUUUUUGUGUGUGCAGCUCUGGAUUAUAAGAUGCCUGUUGUACUGUUGUAUAAGGCAAUGAAAUCAGGACAUUUGAAGCGGUACACUGUUUAUAGCAAAAGAUGUUACACCAUUGUUGAUGCAAUACUGCUCAGUGUGUGUGUGUGUGCACAUGUGUGUGUGCGUGUUCAGGUGGGCUUAUUCUAGCUAGGUUGUGUAAGGAGGGAAAGAGGGAGGAGGGGUGGUCAGACCUCCAUUUUAAAUCCCCAGUUCAAACCAGCUCUGUCUGUCUCCCUCUGCUUCAGGCUACUUUUAUGAUCCUCUCACUGACACUUAAAGUAAAAACAGGAUUUUUUUUUUUCCGCUUAAGCAGCUCCCUCCUCUCUCUCUCUCUCUCUCUCUCUCUCUCUCUCUCUCUCUCUCUCUCUCUCUCUCUCUCUCUCUCUCUCUCUCUCUCUCGGGAUAAACCAAACUGAUGAAAGGUCUGUUCAAUCAGGCCGAACUCUCCUUUCAACAGAACAUCACCAGCAUCUUGUAGCUCUUUGUCAAUCUGCCACAACAAGUUGAGGGUCAAGGGUCAAGUCUAGUGGCAGCUUUCGUUUACCUCACAUCUUCAGCCAGCUAAUCAAGGUUAGCGUUCCCAUUCUGGAUUGUGCCAUUUGUUUUUAUUGUUUUGCCCCGACUAAGCUGUAUAUGAGAGUAACACCUGUUGGUGAAGCUUAAGUGAUUUUUAAUGUGCAUUUUCAGUGGCUGUAUUUAUGGUUAAUCGCUUUGACAGUGAUGUGACUUUUAGCCAUAAUUGUAACGAUGCACAUGAAAUGAUUUGGGGCUGCUCUCUUAUGGUGGGUGAGGUUUGUGUUAUCACAGAUAUGAGGGCGAUCCAGGUUCAGUCUGCUGCUCAUUGUGACCAGCAGUGUUAGGAACUGUAGCCACACUUGCGCCGGUCCCUGAGGGCGUGUGUUGCACACAUGUUAACCUCAGCACUACAAGCCCUGUGUGAGCUCCACACUGCUUAAUUUCUUUUCUGUCACACUGCCUUUAAAAAUAGCAGUGAAGCAACAGCAGAGCUCAAUGCAUUAUUGAUACACAUGGUGUCAAUGAUGCAUGUGCUUAGGCACCAGUGCUAAUUUUCUCCCAGUUGCAGAGGCCAAAAGCAUCAAACUGCUGUAAUUUAUAUGCAUCGUUAUUGCUAUUAUUUUUCACAUGGCCAUCAAGACAGUCUGUGAGAGCAGAGCCAAAUGUUGCAGCUUUCUCUCCUCACAUGAUGGCUGCUGUGAUUUUGUUAAGUGCAGCAGUGUUUUGUGUGCCACUGUGUCACCGAGCCGCAGCAACAGCCCUAUCUCACUAUGCUUCGCUGUGCCUCUGCUGUGGGAUGUUUGGCAGUCAGGGGCUGGUUUCAUCACCAUCACGCUGGUCUAAGGCCGAUUUGAUGGCACCAGUUUUUAGAUGCCCGGGUCAUUCUGUUCAGUCACGUUAGGAGAGAAUGAAGAGCUUUUUUUGUCACUGCAAUGUUGCUUCUGCUGGAGCUUGAGAUGAGAUGCGCACAGACAUUUUUCUGUGUCAUCACUGUGAAAACCCUGCCCUGAAGCCCCACUUAUCAAACCUUACCACACACACAAGCAUGUGCACAUGCUGCACACACACCCACACACCCACACACACUCACUCACUGACACUGACUGACUGAGUGAUUUAUUGAUUGAGGUGGAGCUUUCUUAAACAAUUUGCAGCUGAGUGCAGUGGAGGUUAACAUAAACCUCUCAACUGCUGCUAUUGUGCUUCAGUUUACGUUUGUUUGCUUUAUAUCCUGUGAAGGUGUCCUUAAUUUGAGAAUGGCCGGGACAUUAGCACAUGGCUUAUUUCCUUGUUGCCUUGGUAACUGUGUCUUUGGUCACAAGAUGUCCGUUUUGGUCGUCUUGUGAGCUUUGAGCUAUGUGGUGUUGGAGGGGGCUUGUCAGUGUGUGUGGGCUGUGAUGUGAGAGUGAUGAGUGGUGUCUCAUCCCAGAUGACUAUCUCCUCUGUGUCACUCAGCUGGGGGUCAGCGGGCCUGUGAGCUGCAGCUCAGAAGAAAACUGAGAAAAAUCCACACAGUCACUGAAAUAGUCAAAUGGGACACGCUCACAGCCCAUGUAAUUGUAAAGUACCGAUUAAUGGGAAUAGUAAAGCCGGCGCGCUGCUUAACACAGAGCUUCUCAUGAAUGCUUUAUAAAGGAGGAUAUCAGUGUCGUCAUGUGAAAACCUUGUAACUUCAAUUUUGAACAUCAGUGGAGUGAUUACAUUUUUCUAUUUGCACUGAGAAAACUCUACAGCCCUUGGUGCUGGUGAAACCCUUUCAAAACUCCAUGGGGCAAAAAUGUGUGCGCGGCAAGUUCAAAAGAAGGCCGUUUUUCUUAGAUCCUGAAAAGCUGACAUUUGGGACGAUGCAAGGUUUUCACCCAACAGCGACCAUAUUGCUCUUUCAAAUACAUAUUUGUGUUUUGAGAACAAUCUGGGAUGUUGCGGCUCGUGUCGGGAUUUGGAAAUAUUCUUCUGGAGCAACUUCAUGCCCUGGAGUGCUGAGGAAAACUCCCCUCCAGUUCUGUGAUGUGUGUGGACUCAGGGACUUGUAUUGGAAUGUCCUGAACCAUCCGUAACUAUUAAAGGAUGUGCUGAGCCAGCAGCUGUGCUCCUCUCAGGGGACAGGCUCACAGUUAAGUUUCCAAACGUACAUUCCCCCCAAUCCACAGCAGCCCGGCUCCCAGAUUUACUGUUUAUGGGCACCUUGGCUCGGCAUCAUAAUCACACUCUGCUGUGUCUGAUGUUUGUUUGAAGCUGGGCGGGGGCCAUAGAGUACAUUUCAACGCUUUGAAGUGUAAAUUCAGGUCUGGCUGGAGCACCGUAUGGAGGGCAUGAGGAGAUAACAACAGCCAUAUGGAUAUAAGCUGGUGGUUUGAUAAUGGAGCUGUCUAACCCAUAUCUGUCUGCUGAGGUGACAGAGGCCCAGGAGGAUGUGAGGUCAAACCCAGACCGGACGUCAACAGCGAGGGUCAGAAGUUGUCUGGGCUCAGCGAGGUGAAGCCAGAGCAGCAAUGAGCCAUGACCCAGAUAAGCCACCCCAGCUGAGCUUUGAAUCAGAUCUGCAACAUCCUCCCAGUGAAAUAAGUUUUAAAUAAAGCAGGAAGCAGUUGUAAACAGUCAUCAAUAUGAAAUAAACUUUUACUGGAGAUAUUGAUUUUUCUUUACCCUUUUUUGUCUCCACCCCCACAUGUCAGCCAGUGAGGCAUGCUGCUUUUCUCAUUGGUGCUGAUUUAUUUAUCCGGUCUGGCCCUUAAUACCCUCAUUUCAUGUCUGUUCUCAUUUCGGCUCCCAGUCUAUGUGACACCAACCUCACAAGUUAUAUUUUUACCCCUGAUGCUCAUGAAUGGCUACGAGUGACAUUCAGCAGGCACGACAGCGGCCUCCGUUGUGCUCAAGCUGCAGUGCUUCUGUGCGGCCCAUCAUGGCUGCGCCAUGUUUACCAGGCUCAGUCGGCAGUAGAGCCUGCUUACCACACAACAGCCUCUGUCGCCUCAGGCCUCCCCACCCUCUGAGCCCAAAGGAAAUAGAGUGACAAGGGAGGACAGGGCAGACAGAAAUAGAGAAAGAGAAAGGAGAGAGAGAUUGAAAAGAGACAAGGAUGACAUGAGGAAUGAAAGAUGACACUGAGAGACAUCCUGUCACUCCAUAUCUAUGUAGGUUUUAGUCUACAUGUGCGAGUGUGUUUGCAUGUGUGUACAUGAUUGUAAUACGUCAUACACACACAGAGGCCCCAGCCAUGCGCUCUCAGUGUCUGUUUGUGUAAUAUCUGGCAUAAGUAUGCAUAUUUAUGCAUACGUCCGAGUGGGUUGCGUGCGUAUUUGUGUGCACUCGAGUGUGCACGGUAUCCGUGUUUGUGUAUCUUUGUGUGGCAGAGAUAAAGACAUGAAGGAGGAAGGGCUGCCGUGGUGCUUAUAUGUCACCCAGCACUGGAGGGGAAAUGACUCCUCUCUGUCCCCGACCCAGGGGAGGAAGAGGAGGAGCAUGGCUGACUUCUCCUGCUUCUCUGCCUUUUUCUCACCCUCUCCUUCAGAAAUGUAGCUAAAGUCUCAGUCAUGGCCUCUCCCUCUCUCUCUCUCUGAGUCACACACACAUACUUGUAUCGUUCGCUUGCUCACGGGAGUACGUCUCGCAUUAUCCCCCUUUCCUCCUCUUGUGCUUCUCAUCUCCUUAACCCUCCUGUUCCCCUCCUCCGCUCUUCUCUAUCUACCUCACGCUUCCUCUUUCACCCCUCCCACCUUCUGCUUCUGUCACUUCACUUCAACUUGUGAUUCUGUAUUAACCCCUUGAUCCACACAAACACACCCACACACACACACACACACACUCUCCCACGCUCUCGUUAGCCCCCUGCACCACUCCAAUCCCCUCUCAGGAAAAUCAAAAUCAAACCCAACAACAAACCAAGGCUUCUGAUAUUUCCUUCCCUCUGUUCAAUUAAACAUGGCCGCCAUCUGCUUCUUUGUUUCGCUUCGGCUUCUCUUCUGCAAUAUUGACUAUGGUUGUUCUUGUGAUUGUUUCUUAAGACUGUGUUUUAACCUGUUAUAACCACAGAUGUACGUAUUAACACUGGAGGAACCUGUCACGGGGGUGUGUGUCUGUUUGUAUGUGUGUGUGUGGUAUCGAGAGUGUGUGUAUGCGUGGAGGAGGGUGGAUUUGUUCUGCUUCAAGGUUCUGUGCCAAAUCUUUUUCAGAACAUUCAGUCUCUGUUCAUGUGCCAUAUUGAGAAAUUUAUGAAAUAAAAAUAACGUUUUUUCACAAAAUGCAAA